AUGGGAUCAGAAGCAUCCAAAUCCAUAGAGAAUUCCUUCUUCAAUGAAUUUGAAGUUUCUUCUGUCUACCUCUCUCAAGAUAAUUUCCAGUACCAAGUUGAUGGAGAAGAUAUUCUGGGAAUAUCAUCCAUGGAAUUGGAUACUCUUGACCCUGAUUUGAGUACUCAGUUUCUGAAUAUCCUUGGCUACCCAGAAGAAAGUGAAGAAACCUUUCAUCCUUCUCAGAAUCUAUCUUCUGAAGCAGAAGAUUCUUGGAGCUGUAGUCCAUCCACGAAAUCAUCAGAAUAUUCCUCUCUUCAACUAGCAUCGCUGAACGUGCCUCGAGAAGACAUGGAAAUGGAUACCCGAGUGAUUCUUCCCCAUCUCCUAGAAGCCCAUGUUGAGGCGAGAGAUCAGAACCAGAUUGCUUUGGUAGAAGAAAUCCUGAGAUGCAUAAACCAGAAAACGAGCCCUCUUGCAGAAGAUCCCCUGGAACGCCUGGCAUUCCAUUAUUCCUCCCAAAACAUCACGGGAAAUCUAGAGGCGCAUUUCCUCCAACAGGAGGCUAGCAAAAAUUUUGAUCCUGCCUUCAGGGUAUUUUACCAAAGCACCCCCUAUGGACGAUUUGCUCAUUUUGUAGCCAAUUCAGCAAUUGUAGAAGCCAUACCGGAGGAUUCAGAAGCUAUCCACAUAAUAGACUUCGACAUGGGAGAAGGCGUUCAGUGGCCCCCUGUGAUAGAGGCCAUUUCUCAACAGAACAAAGCGCUGAAGUUAACAUCAAUCAAAUGGGAAACAGAGCAACAAAACUCUGAGGAACCCAAAAGGAACCUUAGUGAAUACGCAAGAUCCUGUGGUCUCAAGACGACGAUAGAAGAAAAGAGUUUUGAGGAGUUGGUUACAGAACUCAAGAAAUUGAACAAAAGAGGUGGGAGUGCGAGGAGAGAUUUCCUAAUCUUUAACUGCAUGGUGGGACUUCCUCACAUGGGGAGAGGAAGAAGCAGAAGAUCAGUCACAGAGUAUCUAAAUUUAGGCAAGAACAUGAUCCGCAAGAACACCUGCAACAGGGGAAUCAUCACUUUUGGGGAUGGAGAAGCCGACGAAAAACUGAGAAACAGUCUGAAUUUCAGGUCAUUCUUUGACGGUAACACGAUGCAUUACAAGGCCUUAAUGGAAUCAAUUGAAUCAAAUUUCCCAGCUUGUUUCUCACAAGCAAGAACAGCAAUAGAAUUCUUGUUCGUGGAACCCUAUGUGUCUUCCGUUGCUUGGAUGAAGAAGUGGGAAGAAUUGAGAGGAAACUGCCAUUUUCAGGCAGGGAAUGGGUUUGGUAUAAAUGGUAGAAGAUUAAGCGAAGAGAUUUUAAUGGAAGCAAGGGAAAUGUUGGGAGGAAGCAGGGAGGCGUCAUGCGAGGCAAGGAUCGAAGGGCAAAAUGGGAAUGAAAUGGUUCUCUCAUGGAAAGGGAAACAACUGGUCAAAGUAUCAACUUGGGGAAGUCAAAAGGUCUGA